AAAGCAUAAGUGAAAACGAAAGUAAAAACCUAAGCAUUGAAAGGAAAGAAUAUAUAAUCAAGUCUUCAUCGUACAACAUCAAGCAUGGGUUUGGAGCAGUUAUUUUGGUCAACGUUUUACAAGAAGGACGCGUCUCUUCUGGUACAGGAUAUAUCAUUUCAAGCACGAAAACAAAUGCAAGUUGUAGAAGAAGAGGUGAAGAAAUUACAAACUGUGCCUCAGGUGAUAAAUGAAGGUGUAGGAACGCUAAACCAAACCUUAUGCCAAGAUUGCAAAAGCAAACUGUUGAAUAAAAUAUAUCCACCUCAAGGAUCAAUUACAACGAAAAAGGAUCCAAAAACGGUCAAACGACUUCCGAUUGAAUGUCAGAAUGUCAUCAAAGAUUUGGAAAUUCUUCUUAUUAAAAAGGAAAAGUUAAACAAAGGAGGUGCGGAUGACGAAGAGUACUGUACAACGGAGGAAUGGCACGAACAAACGAUAUCUAAGUUGAGUGCUCAGCACGAAAGGAAUGUAGAGGAACUACUUAGGGAGCUGGAUAAUCUAAAGAGAGAGACAAGUGAUGCAAAACGGCGGGAACAACAGUUAAUAGAUCAACAUGAGAGGAAGAUUGGUGAGCUUCAGAAGACUAUUGAUAGCUAUGAAAUAAGUAUUGGGACAAAGAACCGGACCAUUGAAAAUAUUGAAACAGACCGGACAAGGGAUAGGCAGCGAAUAAAAAGCCUUGAAGACGAAAUUAAAACACUAGACAAAAGAAUCAUUGAACUUAGUCAUCCUAAUCCACAAGGAAAGUCGACACAGACAGAACUUAGUAAACCUACAUGUAAUUCACAAGGAAACUCGACACAGACAAAGCUUAGUCAUCCUUAUCUACAAGGAAAGUCGACAAAGACAGAACCAUGCGAGACAGAGAAGAAAUCAAAAUCAUGGUUUUUCUUCGGUCCGUCGAAAGAUGAGCAGCUGAACGCCGAACGGAUGGAACACGAAAAACUUCGCUGUAACUUUCGAAGAAGGCUACAGGAGAACGAACACAAGGAGAAAACAUUACAGGAAAGGAACAAAGAGCUCUCACGUGCACUUUCACAAAAGGACCAAUCCUACCAUGAAAAGAUGAAACAGAUCACGGAUCUACGUAAGACCAUACACGCAAGGAUAGAGGAGCUAGAUAUUGUAAAGGAAGAAAAUGCAAAACUACACUCCGACAUUCAGAGCAUGCUAGGCAAGGAGGGGCAAACGGAGGCAACUUUACAGGAAAAGGACAUUGAGCUCGCACGUGUACAUUCACGAAUGGACAAAAUACAAAAUGAAAAUACGAAUAUAAUCGCUGAUCUACAAAAGAAGGCUGAGGAACGUCAGAGACAGGAGAAACAGCUUGACGAUUAUCGUCAGGAAAUACAACAACUGCUUAACGAUCUAAAUGUGCAGGACAAAGAGCUGAAGACUUUACGUGGGCAACUGGAGGAAAUGCAACAACCAAGAAAAAAGACACUCGUAAUUGGCCUUCAUUGCAAUCGAAGUGGAGUAGGCAAGUCUUUAGUUGAUAUGGUAGUCACAGAACUGACGAAAGGCGUACAGGACCGACUGGAUCGGAACAACAUCAACUUGACAAUACAGUUCUCCCAAACGCCAUCUGAAGUGACAAGUUGGCUCCAAAUCGUUCUCUGUCUGAACAUGUCCAGAGUUGGCACCAAUAUUCUGGACUCGGUGAAGGGGAUAAAAGGUGAAAGGGAUGUAUUUGUUCUCGUACUCCAUCAUACCAGUAAGAACAACCUGUCAUCACUAACCCCCACAAAUCAUAGAGUGACCGGAAGUGAGUUACGACAGCUUGGUGGAAUCCUCGACAUCGCCUUCUGCAGCGACAGUGGUCUGUACGAGUGUGACGUAAACAGCAAUACUUUUGACAAAAUAGCUUCAGUGUUAACGAAAUAUAUCCUAUUGUGAACAUUAAAAAAAUCCUGGAUUUGAUUUGAGAUAAAUGUUUUUUCUUAGCUUAUGUGCCGUUUAAGUUUGAAAAAGGGUUUACACAAUACUAGUACAUUCAAUGUUUAUGCUAUUCUUUGCUAUAUUCCGAGAUUAUGUAAUAUAGUAUUUUGAUACAUUUUAUUCUAUUGACAGCUGUUUUAUAAAUCAUGUGUGUGUUUUACGGGUUCACGUUCACUGUUAUAUAAUGAUAGAUAUAGAAUAUAUGACAUAUCGUUAGAGUAUGAUAGUACGGGUCCAGGUUCACUGUGAGAAAAGGUAAGAUACAACACCUGCAAAACUGAUAUAUAAUUGAAUACCUCUUUAUCAAUUUGUUCAUUACCAAAACAGUAUAAACGUUACCAUAAGUAGAACAAGCGAAUAACUUUCAGCUUAUAUAGAUACUGAGUACACAGAGGUAAACACAAACCAAUUAUAAAUGUACCGGGGUGCUUAUAAAAGUUCCCUUAAGUGUCCCGUAGUAACAAUUGAUGCUCCUGAAAGAAUUACCGAUGUCUACUACAACUUCAUACCAUAUUUGGGCAAAAUGGAACAGCAUUUGAAGUUCGAACAAUCCGAUGCUGUGGCGGCCAUGUUUAAUAUUCGAUUGAAAAGAAAUGCGUUUUAAACAUCUUCAUAAGCGUAUAUAUACUUAUGCUAAGUUUAGUUAGCGUCAAGUAGGUUCAGAGGAAACAUCCGUCAGGGUGCCUUAAUGAUUAAUGAUAAUAACUCGUUUGGGUAAUUUAUCAUGACGUAAUUAAAUUUUGUUUAUAUAAGAAAUAACUUUUUAUCAAAUGAAUAUGCACUUUAUCAUACAUGUUAUAUUGAAAUUUAUGCAGAUACUUUAACCGUUUCAUUUCAAUUUUUUCACCCGACACUAUCAUUUCACAAUAUCGCAUACAUUGGACAGUAUGCAAAGACUUUUGAAAAUGUAUUAGAUACGCACUUCUUAGCUUGUACGUUAUCUGUAAUAUAUAUUGAACUAUGUGUAUAUUUUACAUACAGAUAAAUUCAAAAGAUGUUUGGUGAGGGGAAGAAUGCUCAUCUUUUGUUUCUGUUCUCUAGAUCUCUAGACGUUUGUAGCUUUAUUAAUCAUAUUUAGUUAUUAUCAGUUAUGUUCAUGUAUGUGUCCAACUGGGAACCACUCAAUAAAUCCCUUUUUGUAUAACACAUGUCCAUGUACCAUGAAGGAAUAAAAUGCAAGUAAACAGUCAAUACAAUUGUUAAGUAUUGAUGAUUAUACAUAUAAAUGAGAUGAGAUAUGUAUUAAAGAUUUAUUCUGAGACAAUUGUUCAUAUUUACAUCUCUACUUUUGUAAAUUCUGUAAAAUGUAAUUCUGUAUAAUUGAUAUAAUUCAACAUUAGCUUCAUUCUGCGUGUUUCCUGUAGUUUUAUUGUCGUUUUGAUGGCUGUUACUGUUACUCAUAACGGGCUUUGCUAUCGAAUUUGCCUCAUGAUUUUACGCUGUGGCGAAGUUUCUCCUAUUGCGCUGAUGCCGUGGUGAAUGUUAUCAUUGUAUGUAGACACUGUUGUCCUUGUAGGUUGACGUUGUGCCAAUUUGUCCGUGUAAGUUAUCACUGCUGUAUUUUGUCUUUUUUGUGUUAUCACUGCUGUAUUAUGUCUUUGUGAGUAAACACUGCUGUAUAUUGUCCUUGUAUGUUAUUACCGCUGUAUUUUGUCUUUAAGUGUUAUCAAAACUGUAUUUUGUCUUUGCAUGUUAUCACUGCUGUAUAUUGUCUUUGUGUGUUAACACUGCUGUAAAUUGUCUUUGUGUGCGAUCACUGCUGUAUAUUGUCUUUAUGUGUGAUCACUGCUGUAUUUUGUCUGUGUGUGUUAUCACUGCUGUAUUUUGUCUUUGUGUGUUAACACUGCUGUAUAU